AUGGAAACAGUAUAUAAUUUCAUUUGUAAUAGUAAAAAAAGAGUUGCCUAUUUUGAAGAAGUGCAAAUUAAAUAUUCAGGGACAAAAAAAGGUCGUUGUCUAAAACACGUCAGUACAACUAGAUGGAUGUCACAAGAUAGAGCACUGCAAGCUGUUCUUGAAACCUAUGACUCUGUAAUAGAUACUUUGGAUAAUGUUAGAAAGAUCGAAGGUCCAGAUGACCAUUCGGUUGGGCAUUUCAACAAUUCAGCUGUGGGCAUUUACAAAGACUUGUCACUAUUUUCCAUUAAAAGAAUGAAUGAGAUUAAAAAUAAUUCAAAUAGAAUACCUGAUGACGCAUUUGUUGAAUUUUGUAAAAUUUACAAUAAAUUCAUAAUCAUUGAUAUCUUAAAGAGUGAAUAUUUAAAAUUUUGUCAAAUUUACAAAAUKUUUGAAGAAACAACAGCAUUACCUACAUCGUUUCACAAAGAUGUGCAGAAUUAUGAUAGCGUUGAAUCAGACAGUAGUGAAGAAGAAAUAGUUCUACCCAAACGGAAUCCAAUAACUGUAAUAAAUGCAUGUAGUAUGAAAAAYGUAUACAAAGUACUCCACGACAAUAAUUUGGCUUCAGUAUUUUCAGUGCUACAUACAGCUCUGAAAAUUGCACUGAUUCUCCCAGUUUCUAUUGCAUCAACAGAUAGGGGUUUUUCAAAACUCAAAAUCAUUAAGUCUAGAUUAAGGACAACCAUGACAGAAAAUAGACUUGAAGACUUACUGAUAAUAAGUUGUGAAAGAGAUAUUUCAGAAGUUAUUGAUCAUGAUAAUAUAUUAAAAAGUUUUGCUGAAGAAAGUUCUGUACUAACUAAACAUUCGGUGUGA